GCUGAUCAUAGGCAAGAGGAACACAUUCUCGGCUCCAUUAUUAUACAACGCAUAUCACAAUGAAGUAUACAGUAUUUGUUUUAUUCGUGUUUUGCUAUUUGGCACAUGGGCAAACUGACGACACAGCCGACACGCCCGAAGAAGAGACACCCGUGGUCAAUAACGUGAUCGAUGAUCAUGGAUACGUUUCGUAUACCAGAAUGUGCAACCAUAUUCCAGGGCAUACCGUCGAAUACAAAGUAUAUACUGACGAGGUAUUUUGGGCGGAUGCUGAAGCGUAUUGCCAUGACAACUUGGGUGGUAACCUUGCAAGAAUUCCAGACGAAGAGACAUAUGUGUAUAUGUUGCAGUACCUCAUUGAUUCUGGAGCCGCCGACGACGUUGCUACUGGAUUUUGGAUUGGUCUAAACGACAUCAGAAACGAAGGCGUUUACACUUGGUCGAAUGGAGGAUCGUUCUGCCAAAAUGUCACGGCACUACCUUGGGGGGCUGGUGAACCAAAUAACAACGAGAAAUUAAGAGAAGAAGGCCAAGAUUGUAUACAAUUGAGAAAAAGUCAAGCCUUCGCAUUGGAUGACGACUACUGCGACCACAGGGCGAAAGGGUUCAUUUGCGAGAUACCAGUCUGUGUAAACUACCAUGAAUGCAAUGUCUGCCGUUAGUGGUUUUCAUCUGCAGUUGGAACUACAACUACCACCGUAACAGUGAUUCGUCUUCCAUUUUCAGUGUGUGAAAUCACGUGUCAGACAUUUCAAAUGACGUAAAGCAUUUAUAUAUUCCGAUAGAUAGUGCAAUAAAACAAGCUUAUAUUCUCACUUACUGCAAAA